AUGGUUCCUGCCAUCAUCAAAGCUGAGAUUUCAGACCUGGAUAUUCCCUACUAUCCUGAUCGUCACGAUCCUAGUCCCACUCCAGGCGCUGCUCUGGCCCCAAUCACUGGUAAUGGCCUGCCACCGGAAUCCGCUUUGCCUCCACCGGCCGUGCCCUUCGAACCCAGCGAAGUUAUGGACCGCGGAGAUCAGAUGUAUACAAAAGCGGUGAAAGAAGGACUGCUUCCUGUAUCUCCAACACAAGAGGAUCCUCUACUCGAUUCUUUCGAAGAUCGUCUAUACAUGUCUUUCAAGACCAACCCCCAGACUCAUAGACAAUUCCUACCCAAAGGACAACUGAACAGUCUCAUACGCAAGCAACCUGUCAUCCAAGAGCUCAAGAGGAAAGUUCCCGGGGUCCGAAGGAGUUCUUAUGAGCGACUCGCAAGCACGAUUUGUGAUAACCACAAUCCAGCAAAGGAAAAUCCCAAUCCACCAAGCAAGUCGUACCAAAAAGUCUUUGCUAUACUAGUGUUGAUUGAUAUGGUGCCAUCUAUUCAAGGCUUUAUAGAUGAGGGCAUCUGCGAUCAAGAUCUUCCCCUUGUCAAAGCUGCCGAAAAUGGCGGGCUUUUCGAACUUCGAGUCGAAGCAAGACGCAACUAUCGAUUGAAAACAUUCUUGUCAUGGACUAGAGUGAGCAUCAGAAACUUCGAGGAGUACCAAUGGACCAUACUGCCGCCAUUCUUCACCAAAGGUAAAAGAAAGAACGUCAAACACUAUGUCCUUGCGCCUCAUAUUGUUCUUCCAUUCACCUCGACCAGUAAUCACGACGAUAUUGGAGCUGCUGAGAUGCAUGGGGGUGGCUUCAGUCGAGUUUUCAAAGCCGAGAUUCACCCUGACCACCAUGACUUCAGCAAUUCAGCUUCAGAACCAAGUGUGAGUCCUCGAGCCCUCGCAACCAGAAUCACCACGAACCUAAGGAGAAAUAUUGGUCUGACAGCCACAGGUGCGGCCAAACACUUUCGCAGUGAAAUGUCUCAACUCGCCGAGUAA